UCACAGAUAAUGACGGUGGUUGUUUAUUUAAUAGUGUCUUGGAAGCAAUUGGGAGUAGCCUGGAAUCCGAAAGACUACCACGACAUCGACGUCAUAUUUGUUGACACCGCGUCGCUAUGGCACCCACAGCUCAUGGCCAUCAUGGGGGACAAGGACUCGAUCCUCAUGGAGCUGGAAGAAACGCUGACCGUCACUUCAGACGGCUGGGUGAAUUCUUCCAGACCUUACUACCUCUCCUCCGCCUGCGAGAUCGCCUUCGACAAAUAUCCGUUCGACUACCAAACAUGCAGCAUAGGCUUCUACCCGCUCGGGACGCAGUUCAAGCCGACGAUUCAAGUUAAGAAUCCGGACUUCACCCUCAAGAGCCUGUACAGCCGUGGCGGGGAGUGGAUGUUGGAGAAUGUCAGUUUCUCUAUCGUCACCUCAGACGAGAGUCUCCCGAUAAGCGUCGUGUUCCCGCGGUACAACUUUACCGUGCGGCGCCAGCGAACGUAUUACGUCAUCACGAUCAUUUUCCCGAUGGUUCUCACGUCGGUGAUGAUCCCGCUCGUGUUCCUGAUACCGUCAGAGACCGGGGAGAAAAUCUCCUACCUGGUCGCCAUCUUCACAUCGUGCGCGAUAUUCCUCAAUUUUAUA